AUGGAACGAGUCGAGCGCGAGCACGGUGCCAAGAAGCACAAGCUGGGCGUCGUUUCCGGCGUCUAUGUGCCUGUCUGCCUCAGCAUCUUGAGCAUUCUCAUGUUCCUGCGUUUUGGCAGCAUCCUUGGACAGAUUGGCCUCUUGGGCAUGCUCGGUCUCUUCGUCGUGUCAUAUCUCGUCGAUUUCGUGACGGCACUGUCCCUCUCGGCUGUCGCUUCAAACGGCGAGGUUAAGGGCGGUGGCACGUAUUAUCUCAUCUCUCGGUCCUUGGGACCCGAGUUCGGCGGCUCCAUCGGCCUCUUGUUCUACCUCUCCCAAGUGCUCAAUACCGCACUCAACGUCGUCGGUCUCAUCGACUGCAUCGACCUCAGUUUCGACUCGCUUGUACUACACGGCUACUGGUGGGGCUACUUUUCUCAGACCGUCGUUUUGGUCAUCUGCACAUCGCUAUGCUUCGCCGGCAGCGCUCUCUUUGCUAAGGCAAGCAAUGGCCUUCUUGUUGUCCUUGCCAUCGCAACCCUGAGCAUUCCCCUGUCUGUGCUCGUUCGGACGCCCUUUACAGACCCAGUGAGCGGCGUUGAGUUCACCGGCAUGCGGCUGGCCACGCUCCGGUCCAACCUCUUCCCCCAUUCUGGAGAGGACUUUGCCUUCCGUGGUCUCCACACAUUUCGGGACCUGUUUGGCAUCCUGUUCCCUGCCACGUCUGGCAUCUUUGCCGGUGCAUCGAUGUCGGGUGAUCUCCGGAAUCCGAGCAAGUCCAUCCCGGCCGGCACCCUCUGGGCCAUGGCCUCUACACUUUCCUUGUAUCUCGUCGUGAUUAUGUCACUAGCCUCCAGCACAACGCACAUGUCGCUCUUAACGCAGCCGAACAUCAUCAAGGAAACCAGCCUGUGGGCACCUAUCAUUUUGGCUGGCGAAUGCGCCGUGACAUUCUUCUCUGCCUUAAUGGGCCUUAUCGGAGCGUCCAAGCUGAUGCAGGCUCUUGGUAGAGACAAGCUGCUGCCCGGUCUAUCUGUGUUUGCGUGGGGCACGGAAAAACACGACGAACCUCUUCUUGCUCUCCUCAUGACGUACGCAAUUGCCCAGCUGGCGCUCUUUGCCAACCUCAACCAAAUCGCCACCUUCAUCUCCAUGGGCUACAUGGUGACAUUUUUUGUCAUGAACCUGGCUUGCUUCUUGCUCAAGAUUGGGUCCGCACCCAAUUUUCGGCCGGCUUUCAAGUUCUUCAGUUGGCAAACGGCCCUGCUUGGCAGUGUUAUGUCGGCCGCUGCCAUGUUCUUUAUUGACGAAACCUAUGCUACCUCGUCUGUCAUUUUGCUUGUCAUGCUUUUCUUGUUGAUCCACUAUCUCUGCCCGCCAAAACGCUGGGGUGAUGUCUCGCAAAAUCUGAUCUAUCACCAGGUCCGCAAAUACUUGCUCCGUUUGAAGCCCGAACACAUCAAAUUCUGGCGGCCUCAAAUCAUUCUAUUGACCAACGACCCCCGUCGACAAACUCGCCUUAUCCAAUUUUGCAACUCGAUGAAGAAGGGCGGCCUCUAUAUCCUAGGCCACGUCAUCGUCACGGAUGACUUCACGACAGGCGUCCUAGAAGCCAAGCUACAACAGACCUUGUGGUCGCAGUACAUUACCGAAUAUUCUCGCAUCAAGGCCUUCGUUCAGCUGACCAUGUCGCCGUCGAUCACAUGGGGCGCACGAAAUCUCAUCUUGGCAAGUGGCCUGGGUGGCAUGCGCCCGAAUAUUGCUGUUUUGGGGUUCUACAACAUGGACGAACUCCGCUCGACAAAUCCUGUCCUAAGGAUUCCAGAACUGCCAUUUUCAGAUGCCGCAGCCAUUCCGGCAGGACGAGCCGCAGGAACGGCAACAGAUCUGCCGUUGAAGGCCAGCAAUACAGCGGUCAUCCGGCCACGACGGCGCCGUGGUGAUACUACAUCUAGGAUUCUGGAAGGCGUCUUGCCAACAGAUGUGAUCAAGACGGAAGGCAUGAUGAAGGCCACCGAAUAUCUCACCAUUCUAGAAGAUCUGGCCUUGCGGCACCGCAUCAAUGUCGCUGUUGCCAAGGGAUUCCACAGCCUGGAGACGCCGCGGACAGAUGGGACUAACACGAAGAAGUACAUCGACCUGUGGCCCAUUCAAAUGUCAGCGGAGCUCGAAGCCGAUGGCAAGAGCGUCCUAACAACAAACUUUGAUACAUACACAUUAAUUCUCCAGCUCGGGUAUAUCCUCCACACUGUCCCGGCCUGGAAGCGAGUGUACAGUCUACGCGUCAUGGUAUUUGUUGAGUACGAAAAUGAAGUCGAGGAAGAACGUGGAAGAGUAGAAGCGCUGCUUGAAAAGCUACGCAUCACUGCCGAGGUACAUGUAUUUUGGCUGGCAAGCGGUGAUCUGACCACCUACGAAGCCAUUGUCCAAGGCGACGCCGACCCAUCCAUUGAAAAAAUUGUGGAUGAUGUAUUGGGGGACUCUUUGUGGUGGUCAAAGCUACAAGAAAUCCGCGGAAAAGGUACACCGCGGCGAAACAGCGGGAAUGAUGACAGCUCUUCAGUCGCAAAUUGGAAAGACGACGUACGCAGGCGACGUCCAAGCAUCGCGCACAUCGAAGAGCUGCAAAAGCACCAGACUGUGUCAGCCCUGGCUCGCUUUGGCGUGAGCUUGGGCAUCCGCACACAGAACUUGGCCGGGCAGCAGCCUGCUUAUCCACACUAUAAUCGCGACGACAACGGUGACGAAUAUAGCAGUGCGAUCAGUGACACCAGCUCCACGUCCGAUGAAGAAGAUUUUAACGCCACCGACUUCAACGAUGUUGAGAGUGCGGCUACCGAAGGCGACAUGGACGAUGUGGACGACGAAACAGAUGCCAUUCGUCGUCCGCUUCUGGCGGCACCUAAUCGCAGAAAAAGCCACGGCGAUGCAUUCGCCCAGAGACCAACAUUGCGCCGCAAAAAGACAGACGAGUCAAAGCGUGCAAAGCAGUCAACGUUUACAUCGACGGACCCUUCCUCACUUACGCCUGCUUUCAUGCCAUCGCUCAACACCGCUUCCGAUGGCACCUACGGCACCAUGUCAACCCCAGCGCUAUCUUCACUCAGUAGCCAGUCUGGCGAAGACAAGUCUCGACAGCAACAAGACACCUCCUCGUUGGCGGUAUAUGGCAAACCACCGCCAACAUCGUCGUCUAUACGCUUCUCGAGCAAUAUUGUGCCAGAAACUCGAAUUACGAAUCCCGAAGACUCGGGUCGCACAAUCAUGUUUGCUGAGAUAUCGGAGUCGAAUCGGCCAGAACGUCCGCCGUUUUCGCGGACAAAUUCGCGACAAAGCCGUGUUAGUCUCGCAGAAUCCGCGACGAAGAAACGUUCCAAGGCAGCGACACCACGACCAUCCGUCUCGUUUGCUGAGCCAGAAAGAGAUUUGUCCGCACAACAAGAGCAGCGACCGCAUCGUCCUCUCCUCUCACGACAUUCGUCAACGCCAGUCGUGCAGCGUGCAUCCUUCACCGAGGACGACUUAGGAGAAGAAAAUGGCGGCGACGACGUUCGCAUCGGCAUCACGGACCUGUUGGCCGACUACAAGUCCCGGCAGCGUGUUGAUAGUACCGCCAGCGGUAAAAGUAGCGGUAGCAAUGACAGCACCGACGACAGGAGUGGAACUGGCUCAAGCUAUUCUACUCAGGACUUGGCCCUGUCGUUCAACGACCUACCAUGCCGAGCACAGCACCUAAUCUUGAACGAGUUGAUGCGACAGCACAGCGGCGAAAGCGGCGAUCUGUCAGGCGGUGCUGCAGUCUUAUUCACAACGUUGCCGAUUCCAGACGAAGGCACCCAUCGUGACGAGAGUGCCAGCGUGCAGUAUUUAUCAGAUGUCGAGCUGCUCUGCCAGGGGCUGCCUCCAGUGCUCAUGAUUCUGAGCAACAACAUGACGGUCACGGUCAGCCUCUAG